ACUAUACAUACGUGAAGUGUAGUUAGCCUCCUCUUGUACUAUACAUAUGGCGAUGCUGAAGAAGAACACGAGCGCCCUGUCCUGCUUCGUGGCCGCCCUCAUGGUGGUCAUGGCUGCCACCCUUCUUCUCUCCUCAUGCGAUGCCCACGAAAAGAUGGAUAAACCCCGUGCUUUCCCCCUGCCGGCUUCGUGCUACUCCAAAUACUUCCCAAACUGCACCGAUGAGCGGUGCAAGAAGUUCUGCGGCGGCAACGACAUGCCGCCGGUCCCCGGGGCUUUCUGCAAUGACGACAAUAACUGUUGUUGUCCCAUUUAGUUAAUUAUCAGUGCUUCUGAAGUGUUCUAGGAAGAAAUGGAGAUGUCAAUAAUAUAAGCAAGAGAUUAUACCUUUCUAAAUCUUUGUAAACCAGCUUUUUCGGCAAUUUUUGUAGUAACGAUUUUAUC